AUGUUUGACGAGUCACCUCCGAUUAACGCAAGUGUCAACGGACAUGCGAAGACAAAGAGACUUUCAAUUCACGAUCUGAUGGCCAAUGGAGCCUUUGGUGAGGUUGAACACCGUAUUAUUGAGGAAGAUGAAAGCCAAGCAACGCCGGUAAAAGUUACAAAGGUUUCUGUCGAGGUGGCCAUGAACAAAUCGGCACGUUUUGUAGAUGCAGGUGAGACUAUUCCUGCCUCCCCACCGAGUUUUUCUAUCGCUUCAAAAGAACUCGCCACACUUACCUUGGAUAACGAUGAUGAGGAUGAGGAUUGGACUCGGGAUGAAGUCAACGAAAACAUGGAAGCUGGAAACCAGCUUUCACCACCCAAUGGCUUGGGAGGUCGUCGGGUCAGUCCAAUAACCCAGGGAGCACUUGUAGAAGCCACCUAUAGUGAUUCCACGAACGGUAAUCAUUAUGCUGAACGACCCAAGAGCAAUUUAUUCGACUGGUCUGAACCAUGUACAUCGGAGAAAGAUCUACUGGGAAGUUUCUCUCGACCUAGGACAGCACAUGUGAAACAUAUUGCUCUCAAUGGACGAGGUGGACGAACUGUUGGGCGGAAAGGCCCCACACCAUUGCAUAUUAGGAGUCAAAGUGUUCCUGUAGUUCCUGAUCUCAACAAUCAGCGCGACCACACGAAAUUGACACCAAAAUUUGGUACGUGGGGUUUGGGUGCGAAAGGGGUUAGUGAGGACUGGGAUAACGAUUUCGACUUCGAAUCUAAUGAUGAAGGUGGCCUUGAGGACGGUAAUGAUAAUAUCGAGAACAGUGUCAUGUUCGUACCUCCAGCAAUCCAAGCAAGCCAGGCCAAUGUCGUUGGCCAUGUUGGCCAGAUUCGAGAAGUCUGCUUACUCGUCGAGGAUCUCAAGAGGUUACGUCUUUUGGCUCGGGAUAAGGACUUGAUAAAUGGACCAUCGGCACAGUUGUGGAAGGAAGCUGAAGGAAUUAUUGCCCUAGCUGUGCCAGACGAAGAGGAUCCUACUUUAUCACCUCCCCAUUCCCCUAUAUCUAUCUCCGUCAGUCACGGCUUUAACGAAAAAUUCAUCGAUCGUGGCCCGGGCAACGACGAUGUCGCUACCCCAGAUGUACCCAUGGAGGUUUUGAACCGCUUUGGGAAACCAUCCGGACACGUUUAUGACGGUAGUACUGUUCGAAGACGUUCGGUAUUUUCACCCGAUGAUGAUAUCUUUGGAGCUGGGACUGUCAUUCAUAACCCUCCCACCAGAGAUGGUUUGCGUCCUCCGUUGGCUCCUAUUCGUUCUUCAAGUGCAAAGACCGCGGCUGAGGUUGCUCGGACGGUCAUGGAAACGAUGCAUCAGCAUCGCUCUACUUCGGAUCCUUGGCUAUCAGAAAUGGCUGAGCAAUCUUCAAACAAAAUGCCGUUUGACACAACCAGUCUACGUGACUUGGUUCAUCGUGCCUCUGUUUUGAGUCGAAAACUGGCCGACAUCGUUCGCGAAACCGACGGUACUAUCCAAAGUCCAGUGUCUACACCCCAUCGCGAGUCCAGCCCGGCCUUCACUCGCGUAUUCACAGACCCAAUGUCGUCUCCUCCAAAACACCUUCCUCGAAGUCAUAGCAACAACUCUAUGCUGAGCGGCUCAAUUGAUUCUUCACCAACAAGAAGUUUGGGUCAGCGGAUGCAUAUGAUGACUGUUGUUUAA